AUGUUUUUAAUUAUUAAAUUUAAAUUCUUACUAAUUAUAUCAUUAAUUUUUAAAACUGCUUUAUUUAUUCCAACUAUAAGAAAUAAUUAUCAAAUUUGUUCUGAAAAAAAUCCAAUUGAUUCUAUUCAAAUUCCAGUUCCAUUUAAUUGUUCAUCAUUAGAAUUUGAAAAAAUUUAUUUUACUAAAACAACUAUAAUAAAAGUUUUACCAAAUGAUGCUUGUCAAUCAUAUGUUAUGCCAGUUUAUUUUAAUAAUAAAUUUAUUUAUAUUCAAGGAUUAUCACAACCAUUUUUUAAAAGAAUUUAUAAUUUUCCUAGAAAUGAAAAUUCUUGUAUUCCAAAAAAUUCUGAACCAAUUGGAGGUGAUUAUUUUAUACGUGAUCCAGAUCAAUUUAUACAUUCAAUUGAAUAUGAAUGUUCAGUAUGUUAUCAUUAUUUUAUCAAAAAUGAAUGUGAAUUGUCAAAUGAAUUUGCUUAUAAAGUUUUAAAAGUAAUGAAAGAAAGAACAUCACAAGAUAAUAUUGGUAGAAAUUUGGCAAGAAUUUUGACUCAAAGAGGUAAUGUAACAGGAAAAGUUAAGAGAUUAUCACUUCAAAUUAUGGAAUGUAAUCUUUAUAAACCAGAUAAAAUAUAUUUUAGUAAAAAAAUACAAAAUGUUUGUUAUGAAGAAAUACCUGUACAAAUUGGGAAAAAAAUUUAUUUUACUAAAAACAAUUUAGAUCUUCUUAUGACAGGAACAAGGAUAAGCUGUUAUUCCUUAUAUUAUGUUAUGACAUAUAUAUGUAUAUUUUUGUUUGUCAUAUUUCUAAUUUUAGUUCCGUUUAUAUAUCAUUUAAUAGGAAUGAUUAGUAAUUUAUGUAUCUUUCUUCAAAAUAAUAUUAUUCGUCGUAUAUAUAAUUUUGAAAUUUAUUGUUGGUUUACUUUGGUAUGGUAUGAAUUAAGUAUACAAUCAAAAUUAAAUCUUAAAAAAGGAUGGUGUGGAUUAGGAUCUAUUCUUUCAUUAAUAUGUUGUAAAAAAAUUGAAAAUUUACAGGCAUAUGAAGUUGAACAACUAGCAAGUAAUGCAAUAAAAAAAAUGUUGGAAGAUAAAGAAAAUGAAUUUAGAAUAAUGCAUGAAAAAAUAAUGUUAGAAAUGAAUAAAGAACUUUUUACAUUAACAAAUUCAACAAAUAUCUCAGAUGAAUCAAUUAUUUAUGAUCUUUAA